AUGCCUAAAUCGAAGAAACCCCAAAAGAAGCUCACCUUUGAAGAAAGAGAAUCAAUGAACAAAGCGGACAUUAACCAUCACCUCGAACCAAACUCAAAAGCAAAGUACGAAUCCGGUGCAAACCGGUUCCAAAGGUAUUGCGAAGAUCAAGACAUUCCAGUCUGCCACUUCAUUUCGAUUGUUUCGAGGGAACUACUCCCAGCAACUGUUGGCAAAUACCUCACCGGCAUAGCCUACAUGAUGCGAGCCCAAUAUCCUUGGGUCGACCAACCGUGGACCAGAGCUAAGGCAGUAAUCACUCUUGACAAACCUGAUCAAGAGCAGCAUAGAGAAGUACCCACUCGCGGUUCCUAG